AUAAAUAAUAUAAUAAAAAUGUAAGGCUUCCAAAUCUAAGGUUUUUCCGGGAAGAGGUCUCCAAGAGGAAAAAAAAAAUAUUAAGAAGAAGACAUGCAAAUAAUUAAAGUAAGAAUUUAUGUUACCAAACUAAAAUAAAUAAGACUUUGUAAGUUGGUUGUUGGGUCUUUUAUGUUUGUCUUUUAAAUAUCAUGACAAGUUAGAGGAUUGUAUUAUUUGUGUACGUUAACUAAGAUUGUGAUUUUUAGUUGUUGGAUUCAUCGUUUGGGAGAAAGUGGAGAGGAAAAAAGUUCCUUAAAAAUGGUGCAUAAAACAGUUUUAAAGGUGGAUGUUUCUUGUGAUAAGUGCAAGCAAGAGGUCUUCUCUAUCGUGUCCAAAAUAGAAGGUGUGAACAAGAUUGAAGCUGAUACAGAAAAAGGAACCAUAGCAGUAAUAGGAGUUGCAGACCCAUUUGCUAUAAUCAAACGCAUAAGAAAGGCAGGCAAAUCAGCCUACUUUGUAACUGUUGGACCUCCUCCGAAACCCGAUGAAAAGAAGGAUGAAAAGAAAGACGAGAAGAAGUGCUCGUGUAUGUGUCCGUACCCAUAUUCGUAUUCGUAUCCGGGUGUAUGCUAUGUUUGCAAGCCCGUUGCUAUGAUGACUAUGGAUUAUCAAGACCCAACUCCACCUUGCACCAUUAUGUGACUUACAUGAUCAAUUGUGUUCAUCUUUUCUGCUCCAUGUUGUUCGUUUUUUUGAGCAUGGUUUAAUUUAUCUAUUUAGCAUUUUUGUAUAUACAUUACUAGUCUUAUGUUGAUCAAAGUUUGUGAUUGAGAGGGUCAUAUUCUUAUUCAUUUAAGUGUUUUAGUGUAAGUCAGUAAGUGUAACGUUAUAUAAUGCAAAUUAUUGUUGAUAUA